UCGCGAAAAGGAGGAGUCGGACGUGUCCAUCUGAAUUCGAACGUGAACUCGGGCGAGCUCGGGAUCAACUCGAUUCUCGGGACCUACGAGGCUGCGAUUCGCGAUUGAAUCGGCAUUGAUCCUGCGUUGUUUUCGCCGGAAUCUGUGCCGUUUUUCGCCUUCCCCGGCGGCGUGGUGAACGCGAAAUGUUCCGAAUUGCUUCGCAGCUGCUGGCGUCGUCGCUCAGUCAUGGAUCUUCGAGGAAACUGGCUUGCCGUGCGGUCAUCGGGAGUAGAUGCUAUGUCGCCAAGGAUAUCAACUUUGGGAUCGGAGCCCGUGCAGCUAUGCUGCAAGGUGUCACCGAGGUUGCAGAAGCUGUAAAAGUGACAAUGGGACCUAAGGGCCGAAAUGUGAUAAUUGAAAAGAGUAGAGGGAAUCCCAAAAUCACAAAGGACGGAGUCACUGUUGCCAAAAGCAUCAAGUUUGAGGAUAAGGCCAAGAAUGUAGGUGCGGAUCUCGUAAAACAGGUGGCAAAUGCAACAAAUAAAGCUGCUGGAGAUGGUACAACUUGUGCAACUGUACUGACCCAGGCAAUAGUGAUGGAAGGAUGCAAGUCAGUAGCUGCUGGUGCAAAUGUGAUGGAUUUGCGCGGUGGGAUCCAUAAAGCAGUUGAUGCUGUCAUAGCUGACUUGAAAAGCAGAGCCCUGAUGAUUAGUACUCCCGAAGAAAUCACGCAGGUGGCCACUAUCUCUGCUAAUGGUGAACGGGAGAUUGGAGAACUGAUAGCACGCGCAAUGGAGAAAGUUGGAAAGGAAGGAAUAAUUACUGUCACCGAUGGAACCACGUUCGACAAUGAAUUGGAAGUGGUGGAGGGAAUGAAGCUUGCCAGAGGUUACAUGUCUCCUUAUUUUAUCACUGAUCGAAAGACCCAGAAAUGCGAACUGGAAAAUCCCCUCAUCCUCAUUCAUGACAAGAAAAUUUCAGAUUUGAAUGUGGUUGUGCGAAUAUUGGAGCUGGCUAUGAAGGUGAACAGACCUCUUCUUAUAGUAGCUGAGGAUCUAGAGAGCGAGGCGCUGACAACACUUGUCAUCAACAAGCAUCAUGCUGGGAUAAAGCUCUGUGCCGUGAAAGCUCCCGGAUUUGGGGAAAACCGAAGAGCAAACUUGGAUGAUCUUGCUGUUUUUACGGGAGGAGAGGUUAUAUCCGAAGAUCGUGGUCUUACUCUUGAUAAAAUCAAAGUUGAAAUGCUGGGUAGUGCAAAAAAGGCGACUGUCUCUCUCGACGAUACUAUUAUUCUGCAUGGAGAAGGCGACAAGAAGGCAAUUGAAGAAAGAUGUGAAGAGCUGAGAACAGCCAUGGAGAAGAGUACGUCCACCUUUGACAAAGAGAAAGCACAGGAGCGUCUUUCAAAGCUGUCUGGUGGUGUAGCUGUUUUUAAGGUUGGUGGGGCUAGUGAGGUAGAAGUCGGUGAAAGGAAAGACAGGGUCACUGAUUCCUUAAAUGCUACAAGGGCAGCUGUUGAAGAGGGUACCGUGCCAGGUGGUGGUGUUGCUCUUUUAUAUGCCACAAAGGUCUUGGAGAACGUUCAAACUCAAAAUGAGGACGAAAGAAGGGGUGUCCAAAUCAUUCAAAAUGCUCUUAAGGCACCUUCACUCGCAAUAUUCUCAAAUGCUGGCUUUGAUGGAGUUCUGAUUGUUGGCAAAUUAUUAGAGCAAGAUAAUUUCAAUAUGGGAUUUGAUGCUGCAAAAGGAGAUUACGUUGACAUGGUGAAGGCAGGCAUUAUAGAUCCUCUCAAAGUUGUUAGAACUGCGCUAGUAGAUGCUGCAAGUGUCUCAUUGUUGCUGGCGACAACUGAGGUGGCUGUCGUUGAGCGUGCAAAUGAGAAGAAGCCUCCUAGUCGUAUGCCGGAUAUGGAUGAUAUGGGCUAUUGAUUUGCUCAUAUUCACGUUUGAAAGAAAAGGUUUGUAUUUUGAGCCUCUUGAGUGUAACCGGAGAAAAAUCUCCUUGGCGGGAAUACCCUCACGACAUCUUAAGGACAUUCCCAAUUAUUUGGAUGGAGAAGAGCUAAUGAGAAAUAAUAUGAUGAAUUUGACUUGGGAGAAAAUAGCUGUUAGAGACAACCUUAUGGUGAUGUAGACUUGACUAGCAUUGAUGAAAUUAUGAAAUAACUAUUCUCUGUUUACCCAAA